UUUCUUAAAAAGGUACUGUAUGUGUUAGGUUAACAUUGAAAAAAUACAACAAAAACAAAAGAUAGAAUUUCAGUAUUCUCAUAUGAAUAAAUCACCAAUUAACUUCAAUUGUUAAUUGUUGAUAUCCAUCCACAGCUCCAAAACUAUGGCAUCAUUAGAAUCAUUUAGCGACUUAAAAAAAGCACAAGUUCAAGCAUUUGAUGAUUCCAAAACUGGUGUAAAAGGUAUACUAGAUUCUGGCAUAACAAAGAUACCUUCCAUUUUUCAUGUUAACUUGGAAAAAUCUACUCAAAAUUCACCUACUCAUGAAUCCAGCUUCACCACCAUCCCCAUCAUAGAUCUUCAACACAUCAAAAGAGUUGAGCUAGUUGACCAAAUCAAGAAUGCUUCCAAGAACUGGGGAUUUUUCCAAGUGAUCAAUCAUGGUAUUCCACUUCAUGUUUUGGAUGAGAUGAUCAAUGGAAUUUGUAGAUUUCAUGAACAAGAUGCUGAAGCUAAGAAACCCUUUUACUCAAGAGAUAAAGAUAAGAAAGUUAGGUAUUUCUCUAAUGGGAAGUUGUUUAGGGACAUGGCUGCUAAUUGGAGGGAUACAAUUGCAUUUGCUGCAAAUCCUAAUCUUCCCAAUCCAGAAGAGUUACCAGCAGUAUGUAGAGAUAUUGUGGCUGAAUAUUCAAAACAAGUAAAAGCAUUGGGUGUUACGAUCUUUGAGUUAUUGUCAGAAGUUCUUGGCCUCAAUCUUUCUUACCUUAAUGAAAUGGAAUGUGCUAAAGCACUUUAUAUCAUGGGACAAUACUAUCCACAAUGCCCUGAACCAGAAUUAACUAUGGGAAUUGCAAAACACACCGAUUGUGCCUUCAUGACGAUACUUCUUCAAAAUCAAAUAGAGGGUCUUCAAGUUCUUCACGAGAACCGAUGGGUCAAUGUUCCUCCAGUGCAUGGAGCUCUUGUUGUAAAUAUUGGGGAUAUCCUACAGCUAAUGACGAAUGACACGUUCAUCAGUGUUAAUCACCGGGUGUUGUCAAGGAAUAUAGGUCCUAGAAUAUCUGUAGCAACCUUCUUUAUGAAUUUUACUAUAUCUGAAUGCACAUCAAAAGUUUAUGGUCCAAUAAAGGAAUUGUUAUCAGAAGAAAACCCUCCAAUCUAUAGAGAUAUUACUAUGAAAGAAAUCUUGACAAAUUAUUAUGCGAAAGGCAUUAGUGGGAAUGCUUGCUUGCGUCCGUUAAAGUUGUGAAGCAAAUGUAAGGUAUUUGACAGAUGCUACAUUUGAUGUAUUGUGCUAUUGAGGAACUUCAUAUGAUGUUGCUGGUGUAUCAAGAUAUUUAUCAGUUUCUUGUUACUGUGAACUUCUGCCUAUGUAUUUUGAGCUGAUUGUUAGCAUAUGCAUAUGUACCAACUUUAAAAGAAGCAUAAAAUUUUACUUAUUUGAGGAAUUAAA